CUGAGAUGAAAUCCUAUCAAAACCGGCUAAAAGCAUUUAGGUUAUUUUUUCUAUGAUUUUAAAGCGUCUACUGACUUCUGGUCGCCAUUUUGAAUCAUUAGUCAAAAACUUCGUAUAUAAUUUUGGUGUAUUUAAAUUUAGUAAAUACAAUUGAAUUGAAAAUGUCGGGUGCUGGCGAUCAAGAAGAAGGAUAUGUUGUCAAAUUACGGGGCUUGCCUUGGUCUGUAACUGCUGAGGAUGUUUUGAAGUUUUUUGAAGAUUGCGAUGUUAUGAAUGGUAAAAAUGGAAUACAUUUGACAACUUCUAGAGAAGGCAGGCCUAGCGGAGAAGCUUAUGUAGAGUUUGAAACACCUGAAGAUUUAGAAUUAGCUCUUGAAAAAGAUAGAGAUCACAUCGGCAGCCGAUAUAUUGAAGUAUUCAAAGUUGGCAAAGCAGAAAUGGACUGGAUGGUUAAAAGAUCUGGACCAUCGUUUGGUUGCAAUGAUGAUGGAUGUGUUAGAUUGAGGGGCUUACCUUUUGGAUGUUCAAAAGAAGAAAUUGCUCAAUUUUUCACUGGGUUGGAGAUAGUGCCAAACGGUAUCACCCUACUGACAGACUACUCGGGGCGGAGCUCAGGGGAGGCGUAUGUUCAGUUUGUUAACAAAGAUGUGGCAGAGAAAGCUCUGCAGAAACACCGUGAAAAAAUUGGACACAGGUACAUAGAAAUAUUCAGAACUAGCCUGUCUGAAAUUGCAAGCGCUUUAGGUUACACUGGCAGUAGACGAUCUGGAUCAUUUAAUCCCCGCCCAAGUCCCUACGAUAGGGGUGACAGAUAUGGAGGCGGCGGUGGAGGUGGUGUAGGCAGAUUCCAAGGACGAGGUUCUAGGAACUUCAAAGGAUCAAACUUUUCUAACGAUUACAACAAUUAUAGUAGGCCAUCGGGCGGAUGGUCUGGUGGAAACCAAAAUGGUGGUGGUGGUGGUGGAGGAGGUCGAUUCGUAGACCCAUGGAAUAGCAAUUCAGGACACAAUGGAGGUGGUGGUGGAAGCGGUGGGGGAAUGCACUGCGUCCACAUGAGGGGAUUACCAUUCAAAGCUACUCAGCUGGACAUAGCAGACUUUUUCAAGCCAGUUAUGCCUGUUAGCAUCCGUCUACUACAAGACCAUUCUGGAAGGGCCUCUGGAGAGGCAGAUGUUGAAUUUGCUAAUCACGAAGAUGCACUCAGAGCUAUGAACAAAGAUAAGAGCAACAUGCAGCACCGCUAUAUAGAAUUGUUUUUGACCUCCGGUGGUGGAGGUGGUAGUGGAGGAGGUGGUUAUGGGGGCCGAAGAAGAUUGUAAAGGGGGUUUUGAAGUUUUGAUAUCACAGUUACUUAAUUUUUGAGGGGAUGUUCUGUAAAAUGAACUCUUAUAUUGAACGAAUAUUUUCAGUUUAUUGACAGUUCCAAGAAGCUCAUUUUUAUAGUCGGAAUUAUUUUGAUUUGAUUUAGUUUCUUCUAUAUCAUGGAUGAAUGAAAGUGAUUGUAAGAUUUCCUUAAGUUUAGUUAAUUAUUUUUGUAUAUUUAUUUCUCUGAGAUAUGAAACGUAUUUUAUAAUAUAUAAAAGGGACUCAGUAUGAUCUUGAUUUAGCGAAUACAUCAAUCGUAGUAUUUGUUAAGUGGUCACUAUCAAUUUGGGAAAUAAUGUUUAAUCUUUUGAUUUAAUACACAAAUAUUCUUUGGAAUAUCAAGAUAUUGCUGUCGCUUGAAAGAAAACUAUUGUAUGUACAAUAAAGAUUUUAGAGUAAA